AUGGUGGCGCGUAGCGAGAGCAUGUUUGGUUGUUACGACAGUUACUCCUACCGUCUGUGGAGUUUAGCCAAUGUUUGGAACACCUGCCAACCCUCGUCUCUUCUUAAUGGCGUCAUCAAAGAGGAGGACCUAGCCCCAACACCGACCCCCGAAUACUUCAUAAAAUGCCCGCAUUGCCAGAAGGGCUGUCAGACCUUCCAAGCCCUCAAGGAGCACAUGGACUCGGCGCAUCAGGACCCUUCCGUCGCUUCCUCGGACCGAGGGUCGGACGCCUCGCUGUCCGGACCUGGGCCCAAUUCACCGGCGCCCCCGGCCGGGCAAGGCGGGGCGUUCGGGUGUGCGCAAUGCUCGGCUUCGUUCCAAUGCAAAGACCAGUUGGAGAAGCACGAGCUGAUGCAUUCACCACAUGCACAAGUGUGCUGCAAAAUUUGCAACAAGACUUUCGCCAACGUAUACCGUCUUCAAAGGCACAUGAUCAGUCAUGACGAGAGUGCAAUUCUGAGGAAAUUCAAAUGCACCGAAUGCGACAAGGCAUUCAAAUUCAAACAUCACUUGAAGGAGCACAUUAGAAUCCACAGCGGCGAAAAACCCUUCGAGUGCACCAACUGUGGCAAGCGCUUCUCUCACUCGGGUUCCUAUUCUAGUCACAUGACCUCGAAAAAAUGCCUGGUAAUGAAUCUCAAACUGGGCCGCACCAGGCCGCCCACCUCCAAUCCCUUGCUGGACAAGUCCCUCCCACAGCAGAACUCGCGGGCGCCCAAACGCCCCAACAUCAGCCCGAUGAACAACAACAUCAGCACCAGCCCAAACCACAACUCUUACUUGCCCAUCCUUCCCAAGUUCCCCGAAGCUGCAGCAGCUUUUCUGCAAUCCUCUCUGGCAGGUAGCCAGACGCUGCCGCCCUUCUACUUGGCACCACCCAGUAUGCUCAACGCCUCACACCCUAUUAGCCCCUACUCCAUGCCUUCCCUCGGUCACAUAUUGGAGCAGCUACAGCAUCACCAGCAGCAGAGCCCUUUGAGGCCUCCGCUCAUGGAAAGCCCUCACAGGGAUGGAAAUACUUUCAUCAAGUCGGAGAACAACGAACAGCCGCACUCGAACUCCUCAGAGUGCGGUGACCUAGUCAUGGACGAAGACGCAGAACAAGACAACGAAGAUAAGAACGAUACUAGCUCUCACACCAGCACAGGUGAUCUAGAGGCUGUCAAGAGAAUAUUAGAAACCGUGAAUGCCACGGUCACCAAAGAACUGCUGCAAGCCAAUAUGCAGAAGAUCAAUUCUGAGAAUUCCAGCGAAUGCCACAGCGUAGCCUCAGCUCACUCCCCCAAACAGCCCCUGACCUGUACAGCCUGCAGAAAAACCUUCGAAUCUUUAGAAGACCACGAGUGCGAAGACCUGCGAAGCGAAGGCCUAGCAGCCAAGCUGGAAGACGCUCUAACUGCCAAAUCCGACGAUGCUCAAAACGGUAGCAUAAGUGGAGACGACCAGGACUACGAAAGGAUGCACUACAGCACCAACGACGAGAUGGACUCUGAAUCGUUCGCCACCACCGAUCACAUGUCAGAAGACGGCAGAAAAGUCCGAGUUCGUUCCCUCAUCUCCGACGAACAGCUCAAAGUCUUGAAAGACAACUACAAGCUGAACCCCAGACCCAAAAGAGAAGACCUGGAGAAGAUCGCAGCCACCAUAGGAUUCCCAGUUAGGGUAGUGCAAGUGUGGUUCCAGAACACCAGAGCCAGAGACAGGCGGGAAGGCAAGCUCAUCCAGGUGCCUUACAGCCCUGCCUCUUUAUCACGCUAUCCUCCACCCACGAAGCUACCACCUAGCCCCAGCCAUUACAACGAGCAACCCUCGGAGCAACCCCUCGAUCUUUCCUUCAAGCGAGAACUAGCCUCAAACGAAUCUUCCCCUGCUAGUUCUCCACGCAGCGAAGCCCAACCCUCGGAAGCUAACGAGGAGGUGGUGAACCUCAGCAGAAAGACCUCCAGAAGCCCUACUCCCUAUCACCCGUACCACAACUCGAACUCCUCGGAGGCCAGGAGGUCGCCUUCGCCGCUGGACUUCAACAGCAGCAGGCUGGCGCAGAUCCUGGCGCAGCCUCCGCACAAGCUGUCGCUGCCAGGCAUGGGGCUGGUGCCCAUGGACCAGCUGAUGCAGUUCGGGGCCGCGGACCUGCCCAGCCUGUCGCACUUCUUCAGCAGCAGGAUGUCCAGCCUGAGCCCCAACGGGGACAAGAGGUCUUGGAGCGAGAGGGACUUGCCUGGCGAGCUGACCGAGGAGGACCUGAGUGCGGGGAAGCGGAUCAAGAUGUCGCAGUUCGUGCUCAAGAGUCUGAGCAGUCCAGGGCUGGGUCAGGAUAACGAGGUGGAGGGCCAACGUCCUCACAAAUGCAACGAGUGUCCGAAAGCUUUCAAGCACAAGCACCACCUGACCGAGCACAAGAGAUUGCACAGCGGGGAGAAACCUUUCCAGUGCAGCAAGUGCUUGAAAAGGUUUUCGCAUUCGGGGUCCUACAGCCAGCACAUGAACCACAGAUACUCGUACUGUAAACCGUACAGGGAAUGAACCGAGCGACACUUGGAUGGAAGUGCGAAGGUCGGUUGGGAAACCAACCUCAAAAAUUGGCUUGUAUAGAUUGGAUAUUUAAUUUAUAAGUGUAUUCGGAAAAUGUAACUUUAUCUCACUAAGCAUAUUUGGGAGCUUUGUUGAUGCAACGGACGUUCAGCAAUAUUGCAAAUGUAAAUUUGUAAAUGUUACGUUACAUUAUCAAACUUCAUCUUUGCAAUAUUGCUAAACGUCUGUUUCAGUAAUUGCUAUAACCUUGCAUCAACAUAGCUUUCAACAUUGGUUAGUGGGAUGACUAUAUUGCAAAUGUUUUUAUAUUUCGUUAGGCUAUGUGAUAUAUCGGCAGAGUUCAUAAGUUUUGUUGUGUGGCUUUGCUGAUUUGCUAAUUUCCUUUGAAUUUCAAAUAAUUAUAAAAGCAGCAUAGAAAGCGGUAAACAUUAAAUUUAGCUUCAGAUGACAUUUAGGUACCAAUUUUUCCUUUGCCUAGCAUAAUAUAAUAACAUUUGGAAUCUAGACCUAAAAUUAUUGAAAGUGCAAUGCCUGAUCAAACAAUUCUGAAAGAGAUUAUGCAGUUUCAUUGGGAUGUUGGUCUCUAGCAUAAUUGAAACAUUAUUUGGUGGUCUAAAAGCUAGAGUUUAAACUUUCAAUGAAAGGUUGACUUUGUGAUGGAUAUAUUGAGCUUUAUUUUUCUAUUUUUAAAAGAUUUUCGCUGCCACAUUCAACAUUGCAUUAUGUUCAAAAUGGUUCUCGAUAAGUUGUAAAUAAAACUAUCUGGUACCUGUAUGAAAAUACUCAUCGUAUACAGUCUCACAGUGCCAGAAAAUCAAAAAGUCUUCCACCACUGGAUUUUUCGUAGUGGUGUAGCAGGCAUGGGGCACCAAGGCAAUUUUUGGAAAAAAAAUUUAGUCGUUAUGUGCAAUUUAAUGAAAAUCGAAAUGCCAUAGUUACCAAGUAGGAUAAAUAUAUUGAGAGAGUUUAUUGUGAUUGGAAGAUUUGAGAUAUUAUUUUUUUAUUAUUACUUGUAGAUAUGUAAAAUAUUCGCUUUAUUCAAAGUGCCAUAAGUCAAAGACGAAAAACCUGUAUAGCAUAAAAUAUGUCCCUUUUGGUUUCGAGACAUCGAUUACUUAGGAAACGUAGCUUGUAAGAAAAUGAUUGCUAACCUGCCUUUAGUUCAUAAACAGUACAAUAAGGGCCCCAAAAGCCGAAUGAUCCGAGGUGUUACAUGACAAUACUUAGAGCUCAUAGUUUUCAACAAUACAAUGAAUGAAAUGGUGCAGACAUUACUCAUUAAUUUUUUUUUCGAGGAUUCAAUUGUGUUCCUUGAGGUCACGGUGAUUAUGUUACCAAUAUAUUUUAAAGAGAUAUUUUAGAGUACUUUUUGAUAAAUAUGGCGAUUUUCCAUGGUCCAUGAAACUGGUGUGAUUUAACAUUAAUUUUGAAACAUGAUCUCGCCUUUUGAAUCAAAAAGAUCAAAUAAACGAUAAUAAUUAUAACUUACCAGCAAACAUCCUUUUUUUUCUGAAAAUCAAUUUAAAAAAUCUUCAAAUUCAAAUGAUUUUUUUUAUGGAGCCUAUACAUGUGUGUGAAGAAAUGAUUCUUCAUUUACAAUAUUUUUGCUGAUUUUUUAAUGAUGUUGAAUUGAAAUUGUACUGGGACUUUUUGAAAAUCGCCGCUAGUACUUGAACCAUUCCAAAUUAUGUACCUAAAAUAUGAUUUCCAGUGUGCAAGAAAAUAUAUUAUGUAUAUUGUAAGGUUUUUGACAAUAACGUAGCUAUUUGAUAUAAACUUAUUUAGUACUGCUCUAAUGUUAAUUGAGAGAAAGUAGCAUUUAUUCUAUCUCAAAAUAUGUGAGAAUUCGAAAUAUAUAAAAAAUUAUAUUAUAUAUACAAUUUAUAUAACAUAAAUUCUAAUUAUGGCUUAGAUAUUCUACGAAUUUCUGUGUAUAGGUAUAUUCUGUAAAUACUGAAUGUUUAUUAUAUUCCUUCUUGUCUGAAUUCCUUCCUUUUCAGACACUUCGAUCGAUCGCUUACAUAGCGACAAUUUAACUAGUUCGAACUUACUAUUAAUGUGUUUAUUUUUUAUUUUAUUUUAUAUUUGUUCUCAUCACACCAGAUUAGUCACUUUUUGGUGCAUAGCUUAUGCAUUUCAUUGUUGUGUGGUUUUUUGUUAAUAUAUUGUAUUUUUUUACAUUGGCUAGUUUUACCAAAGAAUAUGUAAUAUAUUUAGCCAUUAAUGUUUGAAUGUUCAUUUUUGUUUUUUACAGUUUUUUUUUCUUUUAUGUUUUAUUAAAUAAAUGGUCUUGUAAAAAUGGUGACUUUUACGAAUGUUCGUGUAAAUUCUAUUAUGAAAAGUUGGAAAAUGUAUUUUACUCAACACAAAUAAACUCAAAAUCAAUAAUG